AUGCGACCAAAGACAUCGUUUACCCAUCGACAUUCGACACAAAGACCAGCCUUACCCCUGAUUUGGUUUAUCCUUGAUCCCGGAAGAUCGUGUUCGACGUUAGCAGAUUGGUUUCCAGCAAGCUGUCUUCUUGUUUUCUCACACCUGAGGCGAUUCAUUUCUCAUCCAAUUAACACAAAGUGGACUCACCGAUGGAUGCUAGAGAAAGUGUUCUUGUUGUUCAGUUCCUUCAUCUGA